AUGGCACCGCCCCCACGACCACCAGUAUAUAUUGUCUCUGCAGUGCGGACACCCCUCGGGCAGUUCCAAGGAUCUCUUGCAAGUCAAACAGCCGUUCAACUAGGCUCUCAUACAAUCAAAGCUGCCCUCUCACGAGUCCCUUCUGUCAAGACUACAGACGUUGAAGAAGUCUACUUCGGCAAUGUCUUGUCAGCGAAUAUCGGUCAAAAUCCCGCCCGCCAAUGCGCCCUCGGUGCUGGCCUUCCCAAUAGCAUCGUCUGCACCACCAUAAAUAAAGUCUGUGCCUCGUCACUUAAAGCCAUAAUACUCGGCACGCAAACAAUUCAAACCGGGAAUGCCUCCUGCAUCGUAGCUGGUGGCACGGAAUCCAUGUCCAAUACCCCCCACUAUCUCCCCACCCUCCGCUCUGGCCAAAAAUUCGGUCACGCUACCCUCGUCGAUGGCGUUCUAAAAGACGGCCUGACCGAUGCCUAUAGCAAUGAACAUAUGGGUCUACAAGGCGAAGAGUGCGCCACAGAUCACCAAUUUAGCCGCGAAGAGCAAGACGCCUACGCCAUUGAAACCAUCAAGCGCGCCCAAGCAGCCACCUCCUCUGGCGCUUUCAAAGCCGAGAUAGCACCAGUAGAGAUUCCAGGGGUAAGAGGCAAGCCUGGUACAACGGUCGAUAAAGACGAGAAAGCCCUCAUGCCGCUCAAUGAGGAGAAGCUCCGCAGUAUGAAACCCGCUUUCAAACCGAAAGACGGCACCGUCACAGCUCCCAAUGCGUCCCCUCUAUCCGACGGCGCCUCCGCCGUAGUCCUUUGCAGCCAAGACUUCCUCGACGAACAUAAAGACAUCAAGCCGCUGGCGAAGAUUCUUGGGUGGGGCGAAGCAGCGCAAGAACCCUCGAAAUUCACGACCGCGCCCGCUUUGGCUAUUCCAAAGGCACUGAAGCAUGCUGGUGUGGGCGAUAUCAUGGAUGUCGACGCGUUCGAGAUUAAUGAGGCUUUUUCAGUAGUGGCGUUGGCGAAUAUGAAGAUCCUAGGCUUGGGCGCGGACAAGGUGAAUUUACAUGGUGGUGCGGUGGCACUAGGACAUCCAUUAGGAUGCUCAGGGGCGAGAAUUGUGACGACCUUGUUAGGGGUGUUGAGAGAAAAGGGAGGAAAGACUGGCGUGGUGGGAAUUUGUAAUGGAGGAGGUGGAGCGAGCAGUCUGGUGGUUGAGAAUUUGCAGGGGAAAGAUGCAGUGGUGAAUGGGAGCUGA